AUGCACUCGCUAAGUUUCGUCUUAGUCCUAUUCUUUGCCAUUGGUGUUCUUGGGCAAACCAGUGAUGACAGUAAAGAGGAUGCUGAUGCCAAUGAUUUAGAAAAAGGUUAUCCAUUCGGUCAACUCCGAAUUUUAGCAGACGGAAAAACCGAAGAAUUAAUAUCACCAGAGCGCACUGAAACUGAAAAAUCAGAUAAAAAGAUUGUUGGUGUAUCAGACGUUCAACCAUUACCGUCUCCAUGUAUCGGCGCUCGUCCAUCGUCGAAACGUGCUUUUCCAAAAGAGAAAACAAAAUAUAUAUUCUGUCGUGAUGAAUUUCAUUACGAAAUCUUAACAUGUCCAGAUGGUGUUGAAUUCAACGUCAAAAGCAACGAAUGUGACCUUCUCGCCGAAACGCCAUCAUUAAACAGAUGCGACGUAGAAAAACCAUGUUUAAAUGAGGGUGUUUGCUCCAUUGCAUCGAAUUCUACAUUCAAAUGUACUUGCCGAUCAGACUGGACAGGUGAACGAUGUGAAACACCAGUGAACUCGUGUGUCAAAAAACCAUGUGGCCCAAAUGCUGAAUGUCGACCAUUGACAACAAACGAUUAUGAACAAGAUUAUGUUUGUGUCUGUCAUACAUUGAAAGGUUAUGGUCUUAACUGUCGCGAAGCUGUGCCAAAUCCAUGUUUGACAACAACCGAACAAUUCUACCCAUUUGCAUUCAGUCAACGUGCAUACAUUCAAUGUGACGGCGAAUUGAUCUAUUUUCAACCGUGUGGUCCAUUACUUUACUGGAAUCAAGAAGAGAAAAUCUGCGAUCGUAAACGACCAGCUAAAAUUGAUAUGCCAGCCUUUAUAACAAUACCAUCAACUAGUAUCGCUAUCAAGGGCGAUCAAGAACAAGUCUUUGACAAUACAGAUGCACAAAAAUUAAUUCAACCAUCGGCAACUUCUCUCCAACUUCAACGGGACAUGCAAUCGGCUCAAAAUGUUAAAAUAAAUAGUCCAGAUCUUUUUGGCUUCAUUCCAGCCCGAGCUGCCGAUCGAAAACAAAUAUUAGUAACCGUCGAUAGUCAGAACGGAGUUUCGAUUCAAAAUUUACCUGAACUCGGACAAAAGACUCAAGAACUUCGAAAUCAAGUAUCACAAAUGAUAAAUCCCAACCAAGUCCGUGAAAACAUGUUUACUGGAUCCAGCCAAUGGCAAAUUCCACAAAAAGAUCAAGAAUCGAGACAGUCACAAGGCAAGUCAAAAACAACGUACAGCCAACGACAACAACAACAACAGCAAUUUCAACAAAACCAACAAUCUUUUGGUACAAAACAAUGGUUAAAUAAAUUACCAGAAAGUAAUGUGCAAAGCUCUCAACGUGUCGCUCUCCGACCACAAGUUCAGAAUGUUCAACGCAACGAACAAGUUCAAGAUGACAGUCAAGAAUGGAGUAUGCAUCUUGCGAAGUUUCCGCAAAAUACCGUGCAAUUGCAAGGAUUUCAACAACAAAAUCCUCGCGAACAGCAAACCUGGCAAAUGAGACAAAAUGCCGCUCCAAUGACAGGAUCUCAAUUUGUACAAUCAUCGCAGACCUUUCAAACACAACCACAAGCACAAAGACAAGCAGACAUUGAGACAAGUUCACCAGCACAAAACACAAUUCGCGUAGAAGUCAUAACAGAUAAGGAUCUUCAGAGAGGUGAUCAAUCUUGGCAACAACAGACACAACUCUUUGGUACACAACCUCAGAAAUGGCAAAAUACAAAAUCAUUUCAAAGAGACGAGCAAACCGAAACACAUCGUCCAGAGACAAUGACAUUUGAUGGAAGCAAUCGCCUUGAAACAGGAUAUCAACAAAUCGCUCAACGUUUUGUUCCACCCGCUCAAACUUGGCAAGAAAAACAGAGUUUAGGAGGUCAACAACAAUUGCGAGCUUCAAUACAAGCACCUUUUACCGCGACAACACCCUUAACAACAACAACAACAACAAUACAAACACCACACGUCAUUCUUCCCCCACAACGUUUCUCAGAACAACAAAAGCCAUGGGAAACCAAAUUUCAAGCUCAAAAUCCACAAGUCCUUGUUGAAGUUGAAGGAAACCGACAAAUAAAUCCUUCUCGACAAGAACAUCACGGACAAGAACAAUCGUGGGAAACUCGAUUUCAAAAACAAUCACCCAGAAGCCAAACAACUCAAGUAAUCGCUUUCAAACCGACACAUUGGAAAGAUACAGGAAAACAAGACACAAUACUUCUAUCUCAAGAUCAACGACAAGUAGCGACUGAAGAUUCUUUUCAAAAGCAAAAUACUCAGUUCGUAUUUCCUCAACGACAACAACAACAAGGUAUGACGCCUCAGAAUGCUUAUGAUCAAAGACAAACAUGGUCGAAUCAACAAAUGCAAAACGGUAGAGUCCUCAAACCUACUGAGCUACGACUUCAACCACAAACUGAACAAGUGACCGGUAGAUCCAUCGAAGCGACAACACUUCCAACAAACUCAGAUCUUUUUCAAGGACAUGUUCCACAAAGUUUUCGUGGACAAACUUUAUUUCGAUCAAAUGAACCAACUCAAUUCGGUCAACAAUCAAUGACUGAACAACGACAACAAACGCAAAUGCAAGCAGUUCCAAGCAAAUUUGCCAGAUCAUAA